GGGUCCAACGCGCACGGGGAGCCCGGAGCACCCCGCAAGCUGAGCGCAGGACGCGCCCCCAGCACAGCCACCCCCCGGCCGCUGAAUGAGGCUUCCCGGCGUCCGCUCGCUGCCCGCGGCGCCGCGCGGGAGGUCCGCCCGCUGAGGCGCGGCGGGUGCGCCGGCAGCCAGUGCGCUCACCUGCCAGCCUGCGCGCCAUGGGGCAGCCCGGGAACCGCAGCGUCUUCUUGCUGGCGCCCAACGGAAGCCACGCGCCGGACCAAGAUGGCACGCAGGAACGGAACGAGGCGUGGGUGGUGGGCAUGGGCAUCGUCAUGUCGCUCAUCGUCCUGGCCAUCGUGUUCGGAAACGUGCUGGUCAUCACAGCCAUCGCCAGGUUCGAGCGUCUGCAGACGGUCACCAACUACUUCAUCACCUCCCUGGCCUGUGCUGACCUGGUCAUGGGCCUGGCGGUGGUGCCCUUUGGGGCCAGCCACAUCCUCAUGAAAAUGUGGACUUUUGGCAACUUCUGGUGUGAGUUUUGGACUUCCAUUGACGUGUUGUGCGUCACGGCCAGCAUCGAGACCCUGUGCGUGAUCGCAGUGGAUCGCUACUUUGCUAUCACAUCACCCUUCAAGUACCAGAGCCUGCUGACCAAGAAUAAGGCCCGGGUGGUCAUUUUGAUGGUGUGGGUCGUGUCAGGCCUUACCUCCUUCUUGCCCAUCCAGAUGCACUGGUACCGGGCCACCCACCAGGAAGCCAUCAACUGCUAUGCCAAGGAGACCUGCUGUGACUUCUUCACGAACCAAGCUUAUGCCAUUGCCUCCUCCAUCGUGUCCUUCUACUUUCCUCUGGUGGUCAUGGUCUUCGUCUACUCCCGGGUCUUCCAGGUGGCCCAAAGGCAGCUCCAGAAGAUUGACAAAUCUGAGGGCCGCUUCCAUGCCCAAAACCUCAGCCAAGUGGAGCACGAUGGGCGGAGCGGGCAUGGACAUCGCAGGGCCUCCAAGUUCUGCCUGAAGGAACACAAAGCCCUCAAAACUCUGGGCAUUAUCAUGGGCACUUUCACCCUGUGCUGGCUGCCCUUCUUCAUCGUCAACAUAGUGCACGUGAUCCAGGAUAACCUCAUCCCCAAGGAAGUUUACAUCCUUCUAAAUUGGGUGGGCUAUGUCAACUCUGCUUUCAAUCCCCUCAUCUAUUGCCGGAGCCCAGACUUCAGGAUUGCCUUCCAGGAGCUUCUGUGCCUGCGCAGGUCUUCUCUGAAGGCCUGUGGGAAUGGCUACUCCAACAACAGUAGCAGCAGAACCGACUAUGCUGGGGAGCACAGUGGAUGUCACCUGGGGCAGGAGAAAGACAGCGAACUGUUGUGUGAGGACCCCCCAGGCACGGAAGACCUUUUGAACCAUCAAGACAGAGGUUGCAGAUACAAAUGCCUACAGGUGUUCAACUGGAAAGAGAAACGAAUUAAGCCUAAAAGGAACAGUGACUCUUCACCUUUGGCAGACUCCUGCCACGUGGGAAUGGCGAUCUAGGUUGCCAGAUGUGUAAGUUUUCAAGAGAAGUCAGAAAUCUGAACUUUGGGGGGCUGACAUUUGCCAUUUAAAAAUUUAAGUUUAAAUUACAAAACAAUGUGUGGCAUCCCACACUGCAUGGACCAAACAAAACACGCCUAUGGGGUCGGUGCAACCCAAGGGCCGCCAUUUGAAUUAAGAGAGGUUUCCAGCAUGAUGCAGAGAUCCCGUGCACCUCUUUGGAAGUUAGAGGUGCCACGUCUUCCUCCUCCUGAGAUAUUGGGCCUCCACCUCUCCCACAUGUAAAAUCGACAAGCAGGGGCGCCUGGGUGGCUCAGUUGGUUGGACGACUGCCUUCAAGCUCAGGUCAUGAUCCUGGAGUCCCAGGAUUGAGUCCCGCAUUGGGCUCCCUGCUCAGCGGGGAGUCUGCUUCUCCCUCUGACCCUCCCCGCUCUCAUGUGCUCUCUCUCUCUCUCGUUCUCUGUCUCUCAAAUAAAUAAAUAAAAUCUUUAAAAAAAAAAAUCGACAAGCUUGCAAAGGAUGGCUCAAUCCUGCCCAGCUCUACACUUCCGAGAUCUUGAGGACCUUGGAGUCUGGCCUUGGCCAUGUUGAGGAGAUGAGCCCUGGGAGGGGUCCAUGGCUGGGCCAGCUGCCAGGGAGCCCAGGCCUGGCUGCAGGGCUGCAGUGGGCAGAACCCUGUGGUUAUUUACCUACAGUAGAAAAAGACAAGCAGGAGAGGUGGUAAGUCUGGCUGGAGAGAGGCAGACAAGCAGGCUAUCUGACCUGACUAGUUAAACCACUUUACUAAGAACUACAACCAAACUGAAUCUGCAUGUGAUUCCGCGUGUGUAUGCACACAAGCCUGCCCUCACUGGGGAGGCUCUAGGAGACAGAGGAAAACAGGCCUGAGUGUAUAUCGGCUUCAUCUGUUUGCUUUUCUCAAGCUUGUUCCUGCGUGAACGGACCUUCCUAAUCCUUGUACUCACAGAGGAGGAAAUACCAGCUAUAGCUGCAUUUCCAGAAGACUUCACAGCCCUCCCUCCCCAGCACCCCUGGCCUCCACGUCCCAGGGCUAGGAUAUGUAGCCAGGUCUCUGGUUUCUCGAACCCGGAGUAGAAAUGUAGAGAAUCCUAUGGGCCAGCCUGAGUAGUAAGAGCCACCAGCAAGUUCAGACCCUCUUGCCAAGGGAUAGCUGGCCACUCCCGGGCUCCGAUUCCAAGAAGGGGCAGGUCAAUGCAUGCCCAGCAGGGAUAGGGGAAACCCUGCCGUUGUCCCGGCAGACCAAGGAGGGGAUGCUGGGAAGGUAGGGUCACCUUUCAGCGAGGUACUUGGUUAGCCCAAGGUGAAGAUUUGGUUUCCUCUGCUUUGCUGGGAUAUUUGACUUUGAUCCAUGAUACCUUUCUACCUCUGAGCAGAUGUAUCCUGUAGCUCAAUGACCCACGACAUUUUAGAAAGUGAGAUUCGCUAUCUUUCUUAGCAGCAGAAUGCUUUCUUUAAAUGAUGUCUAAACCCCAAUGUAUAAAAUACAUUUUUGAGGGAGUGAUUAACAUGUUCCUUCGUCAGACUGAAUCUUUAUUCUUUGGUGGCAAAGAUGUUAUUAUUUUCAAAAUCUCGGAAGUAGCUGUAGGAAACCUGAGGCUUCUUCGGAGCAUGGUGGUAAAACCACUGACAAAGGCCACUCUUCCUGGGACGUCAGGAUCCUGAGUGAUCAGGGCUGGUUGCCUCAUCUUUCACAAAGUGAAACAAAGCCAUAAGGCCACUGCCAUCGUGUUUCACAAAGUGAGGUCAAGACAACAAAAAGACAUUGAAGCAGGUCCCAGCAUUUGACUGCUGAAGUUGGAAUAGGAGGGAACCAGCAUCAUGUGUUGGAGAGAGAAAGGGUGAUGCAGAAAACAGUCUGGGUCCUGUGUUCUAGGUUGGGCUCUGGAGAGUUUGGGCUCUAGUCUUUGGAGAGUUAGCUCUCUCGCUGUGUGCCAGUGGAGAGGCCCCUUCUUGCCUGCUCACUCCAAUCCCCUGUCCAUCGGAGUCAUUUCCCCGGGGGUCUAGGCUGGGGCUGCCACUCGGUGUGGUUGGCACAGAACGUUGCCAGGUCGCAAAGCUAUACAGGGAUGCUCAGUGCACCAUAGAAGGGACCCUGCCCCUCCAUACCCCCGAAUGUACGUAUGUUACUAAGUUCUGAAGGGUGCUUUCAGACCAAGUGAUGCAAAUGAACUCUUGGAAGGUUUCCAGGGGUUCCAUGGGGGGGCAGAAGAGCAAUGAAGGAGGCCACAGCUUAGGAGCCCCGGAGUCAGACCUAGCCUUCAGUCCUAACUCUAUCAACGACCCGCUGCGUGAACCUGGGCAAGCCACUUAAGCCACCUAGCCUCUUGCUGCCACCAUCUAUAAAAUGGGAACAGCAUGGUGUCUCCCUGGAAGGGCUGAUGGUUUACAGUAUGAGGUUGCACAGGGUGGAAGGCCUGAUCGCACCCGUACCUGGAUUCAGGUCCCUCCUCUUCCACGAAUAAGCAGAAUGACUGUAAACCUCAGUGUUCUGAUUUGUCAAACAGGAAUAACGAUUAAAUCAGACAAUGCUUUUAAGACACUUUUCUCAGCACUGUGCUUGGAAUAUGGUAAACAUCCAGAAAAAAAUGAUAUGACCAGCUGUGAGAAAAAUUGAAGGGAUAGUUCCAGCUGUAGAUGGCGGAGGGGGGAAGGUAGAUGAUGCUCUGGAGGAGGACUGGCGGCCAAGCCCCGCUUCCCGGGUAACCACCAGAAAGGCUCUUCCUCUUUCUGGGCUGCCAUCUUUCCAUCUGCAUGAGGAAGAUGUGGCACUCCAUAAUCGGAUGCUAAUAGUCUCUGGUUUUGUGGUGUACUUAGCUUCUAGUUGCAGCCCCAUGGAGGGAUCUGGGAGUCAGAGUCCAGGGUCCCAUCUCAAAUGCCUUUAGGAUCAGGCAUACAUCAGGCCUAAGUUAAGUGAGCCAUCUUGAGUUGUGUUGUUUUCAAGACAAUCACAAAAUUGACCUAUGAAGCAUGAAGGAAUAUUCUCUACCUCCACCAAGAAACGUGUUCACUCCCAUUUUUCUGGAGCCACUGACACAGUCUCAAAUUUGGAGAGACUAGAGGCAAGGGGGAUCCUGUAGUAGGAGGGGCACCCAGGCCCCGUCUAAAGGUGGCAUCUGCUCUUCAGUAACAGUCAAUUGUUGCCAAACAGAAUGAAGGCUCAGUGCUACUAGAUCUUCCAGAUUUUCGAGGAAAGCCAGAAAUCAGCUUUUGUGUGCAUGUGAAAUCUUCUGAUCCUGAGGUUGGCACAUCAUUCAAAAUCUCUAAAAAGUAAUACUUCUGCAAUCUGCAAAUUAAGCUCAUGGAUGGUAUUUUGUAAUCUCUGGUGUAAUUAGUUCCUAAAACAUAUCAGCAGCUGUUGGCUGCUGUGACCCAGUACUCCCCAUUUCCAUUCCCCCAGUGGAACAGAGGUUUACUCUCCGUGGGAUGCAUGGUAUCUACAUUUGGUAGAACCUGAGAUGAAUGUCUGACCCAAAAGCAGCUGUCCAUGACCAUUGUUUUCAGACUUUAGGAUCCAUAAAAAUCACUUGGGAAUAAAACCACCCAAGGAGUUUGGGUACAUUCCAUCCCUAGGUGCCACUCAUAGAAAUUCUGAUUCACCAGAUUUGAGGUGGGUCUCAGGAAUCUGCCCGAUGGUUCCUAAGCCUCCCUUUGGGAAACUGGUCUCAGGCCUAGCAAAGGGCUGGUGAAGUGAUGAUUGAAGGAGUCCUGGCUGAUGUGGGUGCUUGGUACUAGGAGGAUGGCCAGCUAAGCCAAUUGAAGCACCUGAAGGGACCUAGACUGAGGAGGGUUAUUUGCCCCUUCCAGAGAGCACGGACAGAGACCCACUCAUGAUAUUCAUUUACCAGAGGUUUAUUUUAAGAAUUCACAGAAAAGUAAAGAAGAUAAGAAACCAUCUGAGCCACAGAGCCAAACCCCAUGGAGGCCAGAAUAUUGUUCACUAGACAGUUUUUCACACUGAGUGACUGGAUUAUCUCAUGUGUCCAUAAGCCAUGGGCAUCUGUCUCUGCCCCCUCUGAUUAUGAGCACCAUUCAGUGCCUUCACCCUAUCUUACAGCUCUCCAAGAGACAAGGUCUGACAGGUUUAGUGAGUCCCCUGUCUGUUGGUCAGAGCAUUCACACCACAGCUGCCAACCAGCCCAUAGAUGGUAGUCUUUGGGUCAAGCUACCAUUCUGAAUUACAUCACCUGUGGCCAGAGUGUCAAGGUCAGGUGAUGCUAAGCAUGGUCAACCUAUGUGUCAGGAGCCUCCCGGAAAAAGGCUGGGGGCCAGUAGGCUCCUUGUCUGGUCUACCCACUAUGACAAUGGAGGUGAAGAAAGUAACCAAAAUGGCCAAAGACAAAGACAUAGAGGCUCCCACAGGAGCACUCUGCCUUGGCUGGCAGCAGAUGUUACACCCAAAGAUCUGACUGGCCUGUCGCAUGAGGGGCCAGGCUCUGGAGUCCCCCUGUCUGGGUUCUUAUUCCAGCUCCACCAUUCUCUGACUGUGUGAACUUGGGCCAGUUAUUCAACCUCUCUGAACGUGGGCUUUCUGGUGUUUCAAUAAGAAUGAUUAUAAUAACGCUUCACAAAAGGGUUGUGAGUGUUCAAUGAAAUCCUGGGUAGAAAGCCUUUAGCACAGAGGCUGGCGUAGAGCAAAAGAUAAUAUUUAGUUUAAAAGAAAAGAAGAAACCUACAGAGAGUUUCCCUUCUUAGAAAAUGUCCUCAGAGAAGAACAGAACAACAUUGCAGAAGGAAACCAGAGUUCUGGAGAAACAUGUGCUAUUAUUGUUAUUCUCCAAGGAUAGAAGAGAAUUGUGGACCAACAGUGCUGUGGGCUGUGGUGUGGGGUGGAGGGGAUGGAGAAAGAGCACUGCAUCAGUAGGACACCUGGGUAUGGGCCCCACUAUGCCAUUUUUGUAACUAACCCCGUGACCAGCCAGGAACCAGGUUGUUCCUGGGCCAGGGCCUUACAUUCUCCAUCUCCAAGAUGAGGGGGUUGGGGCCAUCUGAGCUCAGAGGGCACUUCCAACUCUGAAGCUGUGGAAUCCUGUGAGGAUCAAGAAUGGCAGAAGAAGAAGAAACAAAGACCCAGUCAGCUAACCUUAGAUUCUAGAAUGGCUGUUUGGGGAGGGCUUUUUAAGGGAAGUUUUCCACGAAAAGUAACUUUAGGCAGAAGUAACAGUGAGAUUUGCUGGGAUAAGAAGGGUUUUAAUGGGACCUAAGAAAGGUCUUCAGGAAUGUGGAGGAGGAUAUCACAGGGAAGCAGAAUGAAGCUGGUCCUGUGCGAUCCAGUGGUGGAAGGCAUUUUUGGGGUGACCAUUCUGGCAAGUAGAGGUGUCUUCCCCAGAUGGCUUCAUGGCACAUUCUCUCGAUUCCUUCAGGUGUCCUACCUUCAUUCAGGUCAAAUAUCACCUCCUCCGCCCUCUCCUGCGACCCUAGUCCUAACUAAGCCCAUCCCUAAUUAUGCCAUCUAAACCGUCCUUCUGCCAUGCUCUAGGCCCUUCGCCUACACUGUGGAUCCACACACAGCCUGACAUUACGUUAUAGAUUCUCUCACUUCCCCAGUUAUGUAUUGUCAGCCCCACCGAGAACUUGUUUCCUUCUGUCACUGCUGAGCUCUAAAAACAGGACUUUGAACAUAACUGAUUCUCAAUAUUUGUGGACAGAAGAAGAAGGAGGAGGAGGAGGGGGAGGAGAGAGAGGAGGAUGGGGAAGAGGAGGGAGGGGGAGGAGGUCCUAUAAUAUAAUGCUGCCUUUUGUCCUAGGGAACAAAACCUGAAGUUGAAGAAUUAAUUCCUAAUUGUUAAAAUUCUGAACUCAGCCUGCUAAGGAGCUGGGGGACCAGGCGAUCUUCCCCUUAUUCCUGGAAAGGUUUUCCUACACAGAGCCUCCUAUGGAAGGCGAGGGGGACACUGCCCUGGGGCAGGGAGACCAGCAAGAAUGCUGAGUUGAGAACAGGCAUUCCAUCUGGAGCAGACCCUGACUCAGAAAGGAUCCCCCCUUUAUUCUGGAGGCUGUUUGCUGGCCUGGCCUUGCAUGGGGCUUUGAAGGCUUGGACGUUCAGGAACUGUCCUGAAAUUUCCCCUCUUCCGCAUCCAGGAGGCCAGUUAACUUUCAGGAACUGUUGAUUGUCAGGGAAUAUAAACAAAAGAACAAAGGCAGAAUCAACUCAUUGAAAGGGAAAGAAUCUCAGAGUGAACCGCACAUAAAGCCCACUUGGAAUUUAAACCCCCGUAGUGGUAUGCAGAAGGAACACUAUCACGAACCCCAGGAGAAGUCCUGAGAAGCCAAAGAAAUUCCAUCCUGGUUCUCAGCCCCUGUUUGCAAGAGUUUUGGAGAAGGAGCACGGCUCCCCAGAGCUUGAGCUUCUCCUUGCAAAGCACCUUGGCUACCAGUAGUCAACAGAGCACCUCUGUUUGCUCCAAAACAGGAGAGGGAGACACCAGGCAGGCUUGCUUUUAUUUAUCUAAAUACUGUCUCUUUUCUGAGAGUGCUGUGAAUCAUCAAGGGGUCUGGGGGCCAACAUGGCAUUUUUACCGACUGUGUGACUUUUGGCAAGUUCCUUCUUCUCUGUGGGACUCAGUUUCUCCUUCUAUAGAAACAGAUAUCCGGGCUACAUUUGGGCACCUUUCUCUCUGUUCCUUCGAAUCUCCUUGUCAGUGGCCUCAAAGAGUUCAGUGUAUUUUUCCAGCCUGUUUUCUCCCCCACCCCUCCGUGCCUCCUCUUCUAUUGGCAGAUAAACUGUUUCUGGUUUCAUGUAAAUUGCACUCCCCACGCCAAAUGGGGAGCCCCUUUGAGUCUCCGUCACAGACCCCAAAGUGAGGAGGGCUCACUCUCACUGCUGCUCAGAGCAGUGCCUGGACCUCGGCUCACUUUCCCUUAUGGCACCAGGGCCAGUGGGCCCGCCCUUCCUUUCUCUCUCUCUCUCCAGAAGCAAAGGCACCACUGCCUAUUCUGCCAAGUUCCCCUCCAAGGCAUGUGACAGCAGGAUACCCCAAAGGGGGAAAGCUGCUAGAAAAGGCCUUGGGUCCUUGGCAUUGGGUGAGAAGGUGGAGCUCGCCCAGUUAUAUGACUCUGGGGCUACAAAGGGAUCCUUCUCUGCUAGACAGAAUCAACUUCCUUACCUAUAGAAUGGAAAUAAGAACUCUCACCAGCCAACUCAGAGGGCCUUUGUGAGAACCAGAUGGGAAAAUAGAUUUGGAGGAAACCUUUGAAUUGCUACUUAAACCCUUGGGUCCAAGAUUCUCAGUCACUACUCUGACCUCCUGCCCCUCUGACGUGUUGUUUCUUCACUUGGCCCAUCCUGUUAGCCUCUCCAGCAAUAACAAAGCAGUUCAGAGCGUGGGCUCUGGAGUCAGACUGACGGGAGUUUCAUGUUGACUCUCUUACUUCCCAGUUGUGUGUUCUUCAGCAAGUGAACUCACCUCUCUGAUCCUCCGUUUCCUCAUCUGAAAGUGGGAUAAAACAGAACCUACCUCAAGGGUUGCCAGGGGAUGAUGUAUGAAGAGCAUCUAAAGCAGCACCUAAGAUAUGUUAGUCCCUGUUAUUAUUAGUGUUACCUCCUUGAAAACCCCCAACCUGUUGGUGGCAGCCCAGCCACCAUUGAUGGGAUCAGUGUAAGACUCAACUAAUGGAACCGGUAGUCAUCCUGAAAACAGUCAGUUCUCAAGGUGUGUCCACAGACCUUUGGAAGUCCUUGAGAUCCUUUCAAGGGAUCCACAAAGCCAAAACUAGUUGCAAGCUACUACGGUGCCUUUGGCACAUUUACACCGAUGGUACAAAAGUAAUGGUGGAUCAAACUGCUGAGACUCAGGAUCCAGGUGGUGGCACCCAGCUGUGCGAUUCAUCAUUGCACUCUUCACCGUACGCAGCACCUACAAGAAAGAAAGAAAAGAAAGAAAGAAAGAAAGAAAGAAAGAAAGAAAGAAAGAAAGAAAGAAAGAAAAAGAAAGAAAAAGCCUGUUUCAUUUAACACUGUGUUUUAUUAAGCAGUAAACACCGUUAAUUUUAUUAACUCUGGACCCUUGAGUAUACUUCUUGGUAAUGUUCUGGGUGAUAAAAUCCAGACAGGCAUAAAGGACUUCUGCAGGGCCCUGCAGUGUGAUGGUUGUCUGGAGGAAAAACACACCAGCAGUUGCGGGUCUGCAAUAAGAAUGAGCCACCUUUGUCAUGAAAACACAUUUUCACUUGAAAGAAUGACUGACUGACCAACAAGCCAUGUUAUUCAGAUGUGGAUAUUUGGCAGACAUUUUCUCAAAAAUAAAUGAAGUGAGCCUGUUAUUUCAAGGAAAAUCACUAGAAAUGUUUGCUGCCAAUGGUAAUAUUCAAGUUUCAAGUGAAUUUUGAAAGAUUUAUAUCUGCUACCAUGAGCUUGUUAGCUUCCCGAUACUUAAAGAUUGAUGGAUAUGUUAAUGAAUGUGAUUAUUUGGGGUACUAUAGAAUGAAAUGUGUCAACAUUUAGAAGAUCAGUAUAACUCAGUGAACUAGUAUUUUCCCAACGACCAGUGCAUGAAGUUAAAAAACCAUGCAUGGGUUAAAGAUCCACUUAAAUAAAGUGUAAGUUAGACCAAUGGAUUCUAUGUAAUAAAAUAUGAGAAGUUUAUUGAUAGGCCUCCAGAUUCCACACUGCAACUAACCUUUUAGAAACUACCACUUGUCAAGUUUUAGUGUAAUAUCAAAGAAUAUCCACAAUUAUCUGAAAGACCAUUAAGAUAUUCCCCCAUUUUCCAACUAUGCCCCCGAGCGAGGCCAGCCUUUAUUUAUAUCCUUCAACAAAACACACAUUGCAACAUUGCAAUUAAAUGCAGAAGUGGAUGAGAAUCAAGUUGUCCUCUAUUAAGCCAGAUGUUAAAAAGAUUUGUAAAGAUAUAACACAAUGCCAUUUUCCCCCAUAUUACUUUUUGGUUUUGAAAGUCUUUCAUAAAGAAAUGCUAAUUACAUUAACAUGUAACGGGUUUAUUUUUGAAUGAUUAAUAAAUCAAGAUUUUCAAAACUCCUGUCUUCAUUUCUCAUAUGGUAAAUAUCAGUAGAUACCAUCUACAUAAACAAAAUCUGUAUGUAAUCCUCAACCAUUUUUUUGAGAGCAAAGAGAUCUAAGACCAAGAUGUUUUAGAAUCACUGCUAUAAAUGUCUGAGAGAGGGACAGGCAGAGAGCAAAAGAGAGUAAAGAGAAGUUUCCUGUGUCAAGCGCAGGAAGGGACAGUGCCGUGCACUCUGAGUUCACUGGCUCACACGAGGAACACUCAGGAAUCCCCUGUCCAACUCUGAGGGCCACACUUGAAUAGGGAUGCUGAUAAAUGGAACACUACCCAAAAGUGGGAACUGGACUAUUGAGGGGUAUGGAAACAAUGUCCUCAGAAGAACAAUAGAUAGAAUUAGGUAAAUUUACCCUGGAGAAAAGCAAAAGAAAAAUCAAAAUUAAUGUUAUGGAAUCACAGUAGCUUCUUCAAACCUCUGAAAGGUUGCCAGACAAAAUGUAAACCACAAGGAUGUGGAAUGGCCCCAAAUGUGUGUUUUGCUAUAGCAGGAUUUUUUUUUUUCUGUUUUUUUCCUUUCUAAUUCUCUAAUUCUUGUCCCUUUCCUAAAAUGUGAUUUCAGGUCUCUUCUCAUCUUCUCAUUCCCUUCUCUUUUUCUCGUUUUCCUUCUUCCUCCCACUCUCUCCCCUUUCUCUCCUUCCCUUCUUUUCAUUAGUUUUCUCCCUCAAUUACCCACAAUAUAUAACAAAUAUAUUUUUGUUAUUUUUUUCAAAGAGUUUUAUCUUUUCUUCCUUAAGACAGUCACAUGCAAAAGAAUUAAACUGGACCACUUUCUUUCACCAUACACAAAAAUAAAUUCAAAAUGGACUAAAGACAUGAAUGUGAGACCUAAAAAUUAUAAAAAUCCUUGAAGAGAACACAGGCAGUAACUCCUCUGACAUCAGCCAUAGCAACAUUUCUCUAGAUAGGUCUCCUGGGACAAGGGAAACAAAAGCAAAAAUAAACUAUUGGGACUACGUCAAAAUAAAAAGCUUCUGCACAGCGAAGGAAACAAUCAACAAAACUAAAAGACAUGGGAGAAGAUAUUUGCAAAUGACAUAUCUGAAAAAGGAUUAGUAUCCAAAAUAUAUAAAGAACUGACACAACUCAGCACCCCCAAUAAACAUAUAAUCUAAUUAAAAAAUGGGCAGAAGAGGGGGGCCUGGGUGGCUCAGUCAGUCAAGCAUCUGACUUGAUCUCAGCUCAGGUCUUGAUCUCAGGGUCAUGUGUUCAAGCCCCAUAUUGGGCUCCACACUGGGUGGGAUCCUACUUUUAAAAAAAUGGGCAGAAGACAUGAACAGACAUUUCUCCAAAGAAGACAUCCAGAUGACCAACAGAUACAUGAAAAGAUGUUCAACAUCACUCAUCAUCAGGAAAAUGCAAAUCAAAACUACAAUGAGAUAUCACCUCACACCUGUCAGAAUGGUUAAAAUCAAAAACACAAGAAAUGAGUGUUGGUGAGGAUGUGGAGAGAAAGAAACUCUUAUGUACUGUUAGUGGGAAUGCAAACUGGUGCAGUCACUGUGGAAAACAGUUUGGAGUUUCCUCAAAAAAUUAAAAAUAAAACUACCCUAUGAUCCAGUAAUCACACUACUGGGUAUUUACCCCCAAAAAUACAAAAACACUAAUUCAAAGGAAUACAUGCACUCCUAUGUUAAAUGCAGCAUUAUUUACAAUAGCCAAGAUAUGGAAGCAAUUUAAGUGUCCAUAGAUGGAUGAGUGGAUAAAGAAGAUGUAGUAUACAUACAAAGGAAUAUUAUUCAGUCAUAAAAGUGAAUGAAAUCUUGCCAUUUGCAACAACAUGAUAGAACUAGAGAGUAUUAUGCUAAGUGAAAUAAGUCAGAGAAAGAUAAAUACCAUAUGAUCUCACUUAUAUGUGGAAUUUAAAAAACAAAACAAAUGAGCAAAAGAAAAAAAGAGAGAGGGACAAACCAAGAAAUAGACUCUUAACUACAGAGAACAAACUGAUGGUUACCAGAAUGGAGGUGGGUGGGGGAUGGCUGAAAUAGGAGAUGGGGAUUAAAGAGUAUACUUAUCAUGAUAAAAAAAUAAAAUAUUUUUUAAAAAGAAAGAGGUUUUAGGGGCACCUGGUGGUUCAGUCAGUUGGUGUCCAACUCUCGAUUUUGGCUUAGGUCAUGAUCUCAUGGUUGUGGGAUCGAGCCCUGAGUGGGGCUCUGUGCUCAGGGUGGAGUCUGCCUAAGAUUCUAUCUCUCCCUCUCCCUCUGCCCCCUUCCCACUCACAUGCACUUUCUCUAAAAACAAAAACAAAACAAAACCCUAAAAUAAAUAAAUCUUAAAAGACAGAGGUUUAAGUGUUGCUAGCUCCCAGUGUAGGUACAAGAACAUGAACUUCUAGUGUGGAGGGCAAGAGGGAUGAAUAAGGCUGAGCCUCAGGUUUUGGGUAUUACUUAUCCCAAAGCCAUCAGAGAGAAAGAGAAAGUCACCAAACAGUAAGUGUGAAUGUUUUGUAAACCGUGACAGGAAAUUAAAUAGAGAGUUCCAGAACAUGUUAACAAGAUUUCUGUUCUAGAAAAGGACUUUAAGGAAAUAAUAUAAGAUACAGACAUAAAAUGAUACACCAGAAUGUUUGUCACAAUAUUAUUCAAAAUAACAAAGUAUUGAAAUACAAUAGUUAAAUCAUUUCUGGAACAUUUAUGCAAUACACUAUCAACCAACAGAAAGCAAUUAAUAGAGAAGUACUUAACUGCAUGGGAAAUAUAAGAUAAUGCUAAAUUUUAAAAAAAAAUAAUCAAAAUACCAAAUCACAUUUAGUAAUUUAUUCAGUGUCUUUGUAUUGAGUUAUUACCUGCACUAUAGCAGUGGGCAUUCAGGGAUAGACAUAGUCCCUGCCAUUCUGCAGUUUAAAUUCAAAUAAAAAAAUAGAUUUUAAACCAUUAAUAUGAAUACAAAUAAUGAAUUGAAUGCCAUUUAAUCCCUAUUUUAAUGAAAGAAACAUGCAAUUCUGUAAAAUAGAUUCUAUUAGACCCAUUUUAGAGAUAAGGAAACUGAGGUUCACUGAGUUAAAAAGUAGCAACAGGUGGCAGAGCUGGAAUUCAGAUCCCAGUGGCCCGACUCCAGAGCCCAAACUCUAAAUAAAUCACAAGGAAGAGGACAGAGCUCUCAGAAGACCCCUCCAAGGCCCCACCAGAGAGGACCUAGGCCAUACCUGAGCAUAAGGAAUAACUUUGUAGAAGAAGCAACCUCUACCUGUGACCUAGAGAAUGAGCUGUAGUUAUUUGAGAAGGGGCUUCCAGACAAGGACCUGGGGACACAUUCUGAGAAUUGAAAGAUCAGUGGACCUAGCAUAUGUAAUACUACAGGAGACUGGGGCUGGGGGUAGGCAGAAAUGAGGCCAGAAGGGUAAGCAGGGACCUGAUGAUGCAGUGCCUUGAAAGAUCAGUUAAGGUAUUUCAAGCUUAUCCUUGAAGCUAUUGGAAAUCACUGAAGUGUUUUAAGUAGGAAAGCAUCAGGGCCAGUUUUCCAUUCACAAAAUGUAAUUCUGGCAACCCAGUGGAGAAUAAUUUGAAAGAGUCAAGAAUGAAGUCGUGGGGGGUCAAUGAAGAGGCUAUAGCCAUUGAUCAGUAGGGAGAGACCAUGGUGGUCAGAACGAGAAGGAACAAGGAAGGAGAAAAAAAAUGUCUGUCCCCAGGGAUAUUUUGGAAGUAAAGUUGACAGAUGUAGAAAUUAAUAGAACAUGGAGAGAUGAAAGAGAAGCAGCAGCAAGAUGUUGGGGUGAUUCUCAAGUAUAGGCAGGUCAAGCUAUCUGACAAGUGAGGUGCCAGUCAUCGAAAGAGGGAGCACAGGAGGGAGGUGGGUAAUGGGUUCACUUUAGGACAAGUUGGGCUUCAAGCACCUUUGUGACAUGUAGGUGGCAAUACCCAGUGAGGACAUUGAGUCUGAAUUUCAAGACAAAGGAACAGAACUAGAAGUCUCUAUAUCUGAGGAUUGGGUCUUGGGACCAGAUGAGAUUCCCUCGGGAGAGGUGUGUCUUGAGAAGACAAGAUGGCCUAGGAUAGAGCCUGAAGAACACCAGUGUGUAAGGGGUGCAGGGGGCAAAAGAAUACAGCUGAAAAGAAUGAAAAGAACUGGAGAAUAAAGGGCAGCUGGAAAGGUGGUAAGAAAAAUGCCUACAGAAGAAGUGAGGUACCCUAGAAGCCUGCUACGAGAAUGAUUCCAGAAGGCAGGAGUUGACAGUAGGCAAGGAAAUGUUAACUGGAUCUAGAAAUAAGGAAGAUGUCGGUCACCUUUGGGAAGGUAGUUUCAGUGGCAAGAUGGGGGCAGGAACCAGAGGAGCAGGUGAGUAGGAGGAAAGCAUGUGGAGAAGACACACAGAGACACGUUCCCUGGCUCAACAGGGAAGGAAAAAGGUGGAGUGGUAGGUGGGGGAGAGCCGAGGCUAAGUACUGGUUCCUUCCCUCCUCAAAGUUACACUCUGAAUAGAUGAGCUGGACCAAUAUCUGCUCACGUGCACUAGAAUUGGUAAACCAUAUUAUUACUAGUCAGGAAUCACUGAUCUUCUAAGUCACUUGAUUUCUCUAAGAAGAAAAUGAUGGAAAUAAAGAUUAUGGAGAAUAUCACAACAUGCCAAGGAAGCUGCAAUUGACCUCUUGAUUCCAUAGUAAUAAUAAAAAUUAUUUUUAUUGUAAUAGUAUCAGCUAACAGUUGCUGAUCACUCAUAGUGUACUAUGCAUUGUUCUCAAGACCCAACACAUAUAACUCACUUAAUCCUUACAACAGGGGCCCCUGGGUGGCGCCGUCGGUUAAGCGUCUGACUCUUGGUUUCGGCUCAGGUCAUGAUAUUAGGGUCUUGAGAUCAAGCCCCACGUCGGGCUCCAAGGUCAGUGAGGAGUCUGUUAAAUUUUCUCUCUCCCUCUCCCUCUGCCCCUCCCUGCGCUCCCUCUCUCUCUAAAAAUAAAUAAAUAAAUCUUAAAAAAAAAAAAAAAAUCCUCCCAACAACCUCAUGAAAUCAGUCCUAAUCCCCAUUUUGCCUUUGCAGAAACUGAGAGGCAGAGAGUUGAAAUAACCCACCCACAGUCACACAGCAAGUAAGUGUUGGAGUCAAGAUUCUUUAGCUGUAUUUCUCCCCGACUUGCCCUAGGGACAAAGGAGAAAAAAUAAACUGAAAGGGUCCAGGGCAGGAAAGGUGAAGUAAUUCAGAGGUUGCCAGGACACUUUCAUUCCAGAAAAGUCCUGGCAUGAAAGGAGAGUAAACUGGUCUUUAAGUACUCUCCGUUCCUUUUUCCUAGUGGCUCAGAAGCAGACAAUGGUUUUCUCUGAGCCAAAUGCUCUAGGCCCUGCUGGCACUAACCACAUAAUUAUGUCCUUUGAAAUUCUAGUUGUCUGAUGGUUGGAGCACAGAGGUGAACUGAAGACCUCCGAGAAACUACUAAAGAGCAGAAUGCAAAAAGUCUUUCUUAUAAGUGAACCUUCUAAGCUGAUUUCCUAUCUGCACAUCUUUGUACCAUUUACUGAGGGCCUUCAUGCUCCUGAUCUCAUUCUCUUUCCACAACAAGCCUAAGGUAGACAACGAGGAGUCCGGACCUCUGGAUCUUUGCACAUCCUGUACCCCCUUCUUGGAACAUCCUCCUCUCCCUUUUUCUUCUGUUAUUGCUUAGUUAUCUGGUUUAUCAUUUCCUAUGUUUUGGCCCACGGACCUAAGGGAGGGGAGAAAAGUCAGUCUCAAACAAGUAUCUUUUGUGGCUGUUGGUGGUGGUUCUAGACUAAGGGGGCUUAUGAUCUAUACCUCUUCUUAAAGGGAAGAAACUUUGGCUGCCUGAGUGCAUCAGAAAUACUUAAAAGUAAGUGAAAUCUAUCUUAGGACUUUAUGAACCUGUAUCAGUCAGGGUUCAGUUGGGGUAGAUUCAUUAUCAAUAUUACAGAAUAAGAGAAUUAUUAUAAAAAUUAGACUUUACCCAACUAUGGGAAAAGCUGGGGAAGUAUAAGUCUUAAAGGCAUAUUUGAAAGAUCAAAAACAGAGUCACAGGUAAUCUGAAAAACCAAGAACAUGCAGCCACCAAAGUGGGUUCACAGAGGGACAGUGCAGGAAGAGGUCUGUGGGAAGCCAUGACGUCUCAGAGGUAUGGCCUCUGGGGGUCCAAAGAUGAGGCGGUGGACCCAGAGCUGCUGGUUGUCAAGAGGAAGAGCUGAUGAGCUCAACCUGACAAGGCACCUCUGCCCCUGCAAUUAUGGAAUGAUGGCUACCGCUUCACUUCCACCUUCCAAAUCUUGUACAAGUUCCUCUUUUGCACAACUCCGGCCUAAGACCCAAAAGGGAACCAUAUGUCAUUCCCAACUAAGCAAAGCUGACACAGCAAAAUCCAGCACACACCCUAAAGAGGUAAAAGGCAAACUGAAGUAAGGCCUCUCUCGCACGGUAAGGGGUAUCACAUGAACGUCACCCUUGACUCCUAUGUCUCCCCCAUGCCCAGUUGCCAUCAAAUUUUAUAGCUUUGAUCACCACAUGAUACACGCAGUCAUCCUCUCUUUUCUAUCUCUGUGUUCAUCACCCUAGUUCUGCUUCUCUUUACCUUUUAUCUUAAAGAUUGAAUAUCUUUCAAGCUCUCCACUCACCUUGCUCUCUCUGGCCUAGGUAUCCCUGGCACUUGAAACUUCUGCCUAGGAUGCUCUUCCCCUUCUUUAUACUUUGGGUCUCCAUUUAAAUAUCACUUCCUUCUGGAAAAAUGUUUGGAUCCCUCGAAAAAUCUGAGUGAGAUGCUUCUCUCUUCUGGCACUUGUUAUACUUUAAGUAUUGUUUAAUGAUCUGUCCUUCUCUGCAUCCUCACCAGUGAGUGCCUGGCAUGUAAGGGCUUCGUAAUUGUCAGGUGAUUGAAUGAAUGAAUGAAUGAAUGAGUGAAUUAAUGAUGUCUCCCCAUUUCCAGUAUGUCUUCUCUUCAGUAUCUUCUAUACAUUGACAUUAUCUUUUCCAAAACCUGAAAUUCUUCAGUGGCUUAUCAUUGCCAGUGGAAUAAAAUCCCAAAUCUUCAUCUGGGCAUUCAAGAACCACCACAUAUGAUCACAGCCUAUCUUCUCUAAACAUCUCCCAGGAUUCCUCUACAUGUUCCCUCUGCAUACCAACCCAACUGAUAUGCAGAUUAUUCCCUGAGGAAGAGUAAUUAUUUGUCAUAAUAAUUUUAAAAACAGCUUUUAUCUGUUGAGCAUAUAUCAUACAGUAGGCACCAUGAUAAACAUUUUAUAUACUACAUCUUAUUGAAUCAUCACAAUGACAAUCACAAUAAGGGACUAGGUUCUCAUCUUUUGCCGUCAUUCUAGAGAACACUGAAGUUCAGAAAGGAUGUCAUUUGCCCAAGGUCAAUAGUAAAUGAUGAAACCAGUAUUUAUAUUUUUAAAAUACUUUAUUUAUUUAUUUAUUUAUUUAUUUAUUUAUUUAUUUAUUUAUUUGAGAGAGAGAGAGAGAGAGCAUGAGCAGGGGGAAGGGGCAGAAGGAGAAGGAGAAGCAGGAUCCCCACUGAGCAAGGAGCCUAAUGCAAGGCUUGAUCCCAGGACCCUGAGAUCAUGACCUGAACCAAAGGUAGACGCUUAACUGACUGAGUCACCCAGAUGCCCCAAAACCAGUAUUUAAACUCAUGUAUUAUCUAACUCCAAGGUCAAGAUCAUAACCAUUCCACUGUACCACAUGCUCCUGUAAGCAGUUCUCAAUGGCCAUUUGUUUAAUUAAUUAAUUAGUGCUUACCAUAACCUAAACACUUUGAAUAGUUUGUCUCAUUUGAAUUCUCAAAAUAG